UCCACCCUGGGCACACAUUUCAUUAUGAGCCCUGCAGAGCUGUUGAAGAACUAAGACUAACUGUGGAUUACCGUUCUGUGGUCGUUUUCGUUUGAUUCGUGGGGGUUCGGGGCAGCAAGCAUGAUGCGAGGGGAGGAUUCGGACGAGGUGGAGAUCGAUUUGAGCGGCUCGGAGGCUGGCACCGAGGAGGAUUUUGAGGAGCGAGGCGGGCCGCUCUGGAGGGCCCCGGAGGCGCUGGAGGACGAAGACAACAUCCACACGUCUAACCUGGUGGAGAUCAGCGACACCAGGCCCCUGAUCAACGCCAGGGACCCGCGAGGGAUCAACGAGUGUCUUCAGGUGUCGUUUGAGGACGUGAUCGCCGAGCCGCUGUCGGCCCGCAGCACGGACAAGGUGUGGUUCUGGAGCAACGCCCUGUUCGAGGUGUGCCGGGUGUGGGUGUACAGGGUGGUCAGCCUGCUGCUGGCACUGCCCAUGGCCUUCCUCUCGGGCCUGCUCUUCGCCCUGCUCAGCUGCUUCCACAUCUGGAUGGUCCAGCCCUGUACGCGGUACACGUUCAUCCUCACCUACUGGCUGCAGUGCCUGUGGGCCGUGCUGCUGGAGCUGCUCUGCCGGCCCCUGUUCACCAGUGCCGGGAGGUGCUGCGGGGCCUUCAGCGUCCACCUGGCGGACGAGUGAGCUCCAGGGGCCACAGCCAAGAGAACAGCCAUGUUUCAGCCGGCCCGGGGCCGCGGAUGUAUACAGGCCACGACGUGACGUCUGCUCACAUCCCCUCUGCUCCACCCCCUUGGUUGUGAUGUCAUUGGUGGUGGAGGAGGGGGAGGAUUUGUAUGGAUGCACGGAAAUGGGCGUGUCCGAUUCACUGAACUUCCUGGUUGUACAGAUAGUAAGAAGAGGCGUGGCCGAUAUCAUUUUUUUAUGUUUUUUGCUCCUCCGUUGUUUUGACUUGUGACCGGUAAGUGGGAUGAGGUCCUGAAGGCGUGUGAUGCUUAUCGUUCUGUUUACCUUUUGUGUUGAGCUGCCAUAGACCCCUUCUCAUUGGACGCUUUGAGUUUACUCUGCAAAAUAGGCAUAUUUUUAUGUAAUUUGAUAGUAUAUAAGUGGUCAAAUUACUGUCAGUUUCAUACAUCUUGACUUUAGUCUGCUAGCCUUUGACACUGUUUGAUGUCAAUGAGAUUUUACUUAUUAUUGCUGAAAUAUUGGAUACAAAUUUCCAUUAGACCCACAAACGCACAUUGAAUCUUUUCUACACUGAUCAAGGUUGAAAUCUUUUUUGUGUGUUGUUAUGGUCACUCAAUAUCACUGUUAUCCUUCAUUCAGCAUGCUAUCUUGUUGUAUUUUCAAUGCAUAAUUGUCGUCUUGCAAAAUAUUGUCAUAUAUCAUG